AUGUCAGCCGUAGACCAGCUCAAGCAGCAGAAUGCUGCACUUCAAUCGAGUGUUGGAAACAUCUCCAAAGUCGCUGGAUCAAGCACAACGAAGCCAACCACUACGACUCCAGCGAAAACAGUAACAUCAGCUGCCAAAGCUACCCCGGUGAAGAAGCCCGCUGCGACAGUUACUGAUACCGCAGGAUCAGCUGCUACACCAGUAAAGAGAGUGCCGAGGAAGUUAAAUGCAGCAGGCGCGUCUGCUACAACGCCUGCGAAAGCGACUCCAGCUGCGACUUCAACGCCGAUAAAGAAGCCAGUAACCGCUGCUUCAGCGAGCAAGCCAGUGUCUUCUACUACGGCUGUAAAGAAAACGCCCGUCACUACAGGCAAAACACCAGUCAUUGAAGCUUCGAAGCCCGCACGACAACGCACACCUCUCGGUACUACCAAGCCACUGCCAAUACGCAAGAACCCGGUUACAGGUGCAGCGCAAUCUCAGCCUGCAAGUGCUGUCAGUAAGACGACUAGCACUGCCCCAGUGAAGAAGACGGCGGCAGCGGCGUCUUCUACCACAGCAAAGCCUACCCCAGCCAAAGCUACGCCCGUGAAGAGGACGCCAGCCAAGGUGAACCCAGACGGUACAGCCCCCACCAAAGUAAACCCUGACGGUACUUACCCAACCCCUCUCUCCGUAAUAAAAGCUCAUCCCGCUCCAGGCCAACCCACCCCUCAGUCCACCUUAACGCCGAAGAAACAACCCGGCAUCGUUGGCAAGGGAAUCAAUACCGCCACAGGCACUCUGAACAAGACUGUUGGUACGACGACGGGAGGUCUCAACACCAUCACCGAUUCUGCUACUACGGGUGUAAACAGCACAGUCAAUGGGGUGACUGGAUAUGCUGGCAAGGGACUGGACAAGCUACCCGGUGGCGUAGGAAAGCCAGUCAAGCAUGUAACGGACAAUGUUGGCAAAACGGCUACGGGUGCGGUUGACAACGCGUACUAUACCGUUGGCUCGGCGACCAAGGGCGUGCAAGGUACUGUUAGCAAGACAACUGGCGCUAUUGGAAGGGGUGAUGUCAAGGGUACUGUCGCUGGUGCGACGAGUGGAGUUGGCAACACGGUGACUGGAGUAGGCAAAGGCGUAGGAAACACCGUAGGCGAUGGUCUCGCUGGUCUCGGAAGCACUGUAGGUGGUCCUGUCGGCGGGGUUGUUGGAAACGUGGGCAAAGGUGCCAGCAACGCUGUUGGUGGCAUCACCAGCGGAGUUGGCGAUGGCGUAAGCAAGCUUGGAAAGGGCGACGUCAUUGGCGGCGUUGGAAAAAACGUUGACCCGAGCACCAUUGGAGGGAUUCCUGAUACCGAAUCCCAGUGA